AUGUCAUACUUCCUUCCACACCUACCCAGUGGCUGGCACGUCGAUGAAGCCAUCAAAUCUGAAGAGGACCGUGUCGUUGUGAUCCGCUUUGGCCACGACUGGGACCAUCAAUGCAUGACGAUGGAUGAGACCCUCUACUCUGUCGCAGAGAAAGUGCAGAACUUUGCAGUCAUCUACCUCGUAGAUAUCACUGAAGUUCCGGAUUUCAACAAGAUGUACGAGUUAUACGAUCCGUGCACCGUCAUGUUCUUCUAUCGUAACAAGCAUAUCAUGAUUGAUCUCGGAACUGGUAACAACAACAAGAUAAACUGGGCAAUGAACCACAAACAGGAGCUGAUUGAUAUCGUCGAAACUGUUUACCGCGGAGCCUCCAAGGGCCGUGGUCUUGUCGUAUCUCCCAAAGAUUACUCCACUCGUUACAGGUAUUAG